AUGGUCGCUCUACAAGGUCCGACGGACGCGAUCGUUGACAAGCGCGCGGAGUUGCAACUGCUGCAGCCACAGGAACUUUCACGGCAGCCGUCGCAUGCUUUCUAA